AGCGGUUGAUGUGAUUUUCGCUUAAGACGCAAUUAAAAAAAAAAAAUUAUAAAAAUAAUUCGAUUUUCGGGGGGAAUACUUGUAAAAAAUUAAAAUUUUUUUUUUUAGUUCCGUGUUCGGAAUUUUUUCGAUGUCUCGUUUAUCCGUACAAAAAUGUUUUGUUAAUUGAAUAAAAUGUGUAAAAUUUUAUUAAAUUUUAGUUUUAAUUUUCAUAUUUAAUUAAAUGAAUAUAAAUUUAAAAUAUUAAAUUUUGUUAAAAUAAUUUUAGAAAAAAAUCUGUGUACAGAAAUGAGUACCUAUACUCACAAAUCAGUUUAUAUAUGUAUAUGUGAAAAAUGGGCUAAUAAUAUUUGUGUGUUUGUGAUUUUCUAAAUCAAAAUAUAUGGUGGUUAAUAUUACCACAAAUACAUAUAAAGUGGAUAAUUAUUAUUUGAACAUAACAAACAUGUUAAAGAAGAAUAUUGGAAAAUUAUUUGGAUAACUUACUUGAAAUUUAAACAACUCUAAUUAUUUAUAAAAUAAUAUUAAAUGAAUUGUUUUUACAAUAAAUUUAAAAAGUAUUUAAAAAAUUUUUAAUAAAAGUAACACAAAAAAAGAAAAUAAAAAAACUGGUGCUCAAUAUUUUCAAUUUAAUUGAAAAAGGAAACAAAAAUUGAAAUUAUAAAAGAAGAAAAAUAAAAAAAAAUAAAGAACCAAUAACAAAAACACUAAAGGUAGAUAAAAUGAAAAUAAAAAAAAUGAAAUCAGAGAAAAACAGGUCCUUUAAUCAUAAUAAUGAAUGUAUAAUGAAUUGUUCGAUACUAUAACGGUAAAAAUUGAACAGUUGUAUACUUAGCAUGUGAGAAAAAUUUGAUCUGUAACGGUGUAUUUAUUUUUUUUUUUUCGCUUUUCGUUAUUAUUCUCGCAUUUGUUGUUGAUUUUAUUUUUGUUGUUGUUUUUUCGACUUUUUUACGUUGUCUCUUAUGUUCCGUAAUUAAAAUUUACGUCAAAUGACAAAGAAAAAUAAGAAUAGCGUAAAAAAAAAUAAUAUGAAAAGCGUGUGUGUUUUUGAAUUUUAAUAACAAGAAUAGCAAUAACUAGAAAAUAAAGAAAUAUAACAGAAAAAAAAAAUCAUAAAUAAAUAAUUAAUACGAAAAAAAAUAUGAAAAAAUCGAAUGAAAUCAACGUGUGAAAAAAAUAAUGUUAUACAUGAAAAAAAGAAAGCAAAUAAAAAAAAAAAUAAAUAAAUAAAAUUGGUUAUAAGUUCUGCUCUAAAUAAAUUUUUUAAUAUUAAAUCACAAAAAUUAAAAAUAAAAGUGGUAUAAAAAUAAAGAAUAAUUAUAAUCGAUUUGAUUACUUACCAUUAACAUGGAUUACUCGUUAUCAUCAGCAUUAAAAAAAUGGAUUUCAAUUGUAAUUAUUAUUUCAACAAUUGUGAUAAAAUCAGUGAACACACAACUUUCAAUACUCAAUACACCCCCUGUGAUAUCAGUUGACAGAGAUUGGAGGAUAUCAGAAACUGAAAAAGUUGGAUCAAUAAUAGUACGUGUUAGGGCACAAGAUGCAGAAAAUGAUCAUUUAACAUUUGAUUUAGAACCAUUAUUUCAUGGCGAUUAUUUAAAUCCGACUGGGUCAUCAUCAAAUUCAAACGAAAAUUUACCAUUUCAAAUCGAUCACAACACUGGUAUUGUUCGAUUAAAUGAAAGUCUUGUUGGAAGAGCUGGAGAUAAUUUCUUUCUUUUUGUAACAGUUUCGGAUGGGCAAUUAACAGCAAAAAAUGAAAUUUCUGUGAAUAUUUAUCAUGAAAAUGAUGAUAAAAUAUAUGAUUCAAGACCAUCGAUACCACCCCGUAAUAUAUCACAAUUGUUUCCUUAUUUUAGUGAGUUGCCAGGAGUAAAAUCAAUGCGAAAUCAUCCGAAUAAUCCAAGACUACCACCAGGAAUAUUACAACAAGGACAUUCAGUACCACAAAAUCGUUAUCCAGAUUUAUUAAAUACACAAUCAUCAUAUCCAAAACAGGAUACAAAUUCUAAUAUAUAUUUUCCUCAUAAUCAAAAUCAACAAUCGUCAAGUGAUACUGAUGGAACAUCAUCGAAUAAACCAACUAAUUCAAUUCCUUCAAGCACUUAUAAUGGAAUCAAUAUCAACACCAAUAGUUUUAAUGAAAAGGGUAAAAAUGAUUCAAGCAAUAUGAAUAACAAUAGUAAUGAUUUUAAUGAUAACAGUAAUAGCAUUAGAAAUAGUAAUACAAAUAAUAGUUAUAGCAGUAGCGUUAAUAGUAGUAACAAUAAUAGCAGUAACCAAAGUACCAGAACAAAAUUGACACCAAUCAAAACAAACACCAAUAAGCCAGUAGGAUUUGGUACGAAUGAUUCUUCAAUGAAGAAUAAAUCUCAUAAUCAAAAGGAUGACGAUGAAAGAAUAACAAAUAAUAAAAAUGAUCCAUCAACACAUAAAAAUGGAGAUGAUUUUUUGAGCAAUGCAAAUGGUGGAAAUGGUAGUCAUCAAAUAACAUCAUCCCAAGAUCAAUCCGCAACAAUUUCUGUAAAAACUGUUAUACCAGUUAUAAUUACUAUUUGUGGAAUAUUCCUGGCAGCUGGCAUUGUAGCAUUAGUUAUAUUCCGUAAACAUUUAUGUGCCAUUGGUAAAUCUUUAAAGAAAAAAAGUAAAGAAGAAAUGGCAAAAAAAUCAAACCAAAGCAAUUUAAGCAGUAAUAUAACAGAUGAUAGUCGUAAUUCAAUGGUAUUACAACAUUGGAGUGGUCCAUUAGCCUUUAGUAAUCGUUAUGUUCCAUGGGAACGUGAUAAUCAACAAAUAUCUAUGGUUACUUCACAGUUAUCAACAAGUAGUUCAAAUGGUGCUAGUUCUGGUUGUAUUGGUAAUGGUCUAGGAAAUGGCAGUAAUUCACAAUCAUCGAAAACGGAUCGUUGGGAAUUCCCAAGACAUCGUUUGAAAUUCUUCAAUAUAUUAGGAGAAGGAGCCUUUGGGCAAGUCUGGAGAUGUGAAGCAACUAAUAUUGAUGGUAACGAUGGCGUAACGACAGUUGCUGUAAAAACUCUUAAAGAAAGUGCAACUGAAAUUGAAAGAAAUGAUCUGUAUUCAGAGCUUCAGGUAAUGAAGUCUCUUGAACCGCAUGUUAAUGUUGUACGCCUUCUUGGUUCUUGUACUGAUAAAGAUCCAAUAUUUGUGAUAAUCGAAUAUGUAAAUCGUGGCAAAUUGCAAACAUAUUUAAGAAAUUCGCGUGCUGAAAGGCAUUAUGGAAACACACAUGGAAAAUCAAAUAUUUUAACAUCAGGUGAUUUAACAUCUUUUAUGUAUCAGGUAGCAAAAGGAAUGGAUUAUCUUACAUCAAGGGGGAUAAUUCACCGGGACUUAGCAGCAAGAAAUAUUUUGAUAACUGACGAUCAUACGUGCAAAAUAGCUGAUUUUGGAUUUGCACGUGAUGUAAUAACAUCAAAGAUUUACGAAAGGAAAAGCGAAGGAAAACUCCCAAUCAGAUGGAUGGCUAUAGAAUCACUUUAUGAUAACAUAUUCUCUGUUAAAUCGGACAUUUGGAGCUUUGGAAUACUAAUGUGGGAAAUUGUUACUUUAGGUUCUACACCAUAUCCUGGUAUAUCAGCUGCAGAUGUUAUGCGAAAGGUGAGAGAUGGAUAUCGAUUAGAGAAACCAGAACAUUGCCGUCGUGAACUAUACAAUAUAAUGUAUUAUUGUUGGGCCAAAGAUCCAAAUGAAAGACCAUCAUUUUCGGAAUUAGUACUUAUGCUAGAUAAAUUAUUACAUACUGAAAUGGAUUAUAUUGAAUUGGAACGUUUCCCAGAUCACAAUUACUACAAUAUACUUAAUUUAAGUGGUGAAAAAUUGUAAUUAAUUCUAUAUAUAUAUAUAUAUAUGCUUUGUAGGUAAAACGGACAUGGCAUACAUAUAUAUAUAUAUAUUAUAUUACUAUUCUGUAGAUAAUUUAUUGUGUAAUGUAUUUGUACACAUUCACACAAAAAUAUUAUGCAUAUAUAAGAUACAUUUACGUAGAUAUUGUUUGUAUGAAUGUUAGGAUUCCAUGUAAAAAAUGGAUUCAGGUAAAUAGUAUAUAUAUAAGUAAAAGGAACAUGAAAUAAAAUUUAUUGUACUGAUUUAGUAAAAUUCAAAAAAAAAAUAAAUAAAUAAAAAUACAAUAAUAUUGUUAAAGAAUAUAAAGUACAUAUAAUGUUAUAAAAUAUUCAAUUUAUUACUUACAUACAUAAAUCUACCCAGUAUAAUAUGUUGUAUAUAGAAUUUUUGAUAUUAGUAUAUACUCGUAGUGAUAUAUUGUAAAAAAACAAAACCAUAAAAUAAAUAUUAAGUUCUCCUCCACAUAAAAUAUUAUGUUCAUGUAUGUAUGUAUGUAUGUAUAUUAAUGUAUUACAUACAUAUAAAUAUGGUAUUAAUUGGCAUAUUAAAAUGCAAAGGUAAAAUGGUCAUCAACGAAUCCAAUUUGAAAUCAUUAACCAUAUUAUAUAAAUUAUAUAAGAUUAACAUAAUAUAAUUACAUAUACAGGGUGUCUCAUAACAAAUUUCACUUCUAUAUGCCAUUUUGUAGGCCCUCAUGAGUAGACAAAAGUUUUGUAUGGAGACAAUGUUCACAGCUCAAUAGGUUCGA